GCUUUAGCGAAGCGGUUUUCCGGUUUUCCACGUUUCCAAUCCCGAUCAGGCUUCCGCGAGGACCAAAAGAUCUCACAGCUUCGCUCCAGCAGCAGUUCAGCCGAAGGGCCCGCCCAUCGAUUCCAUCUCUUCCUCCAUCUUGCCUCUUGCCUGCUUCCAUCUCUAGCCACGCGAUUGGAAGAAAAAGAAAAAUGGCGGCGGCUCCGGCGGUCCGAUUUUCGAUAGUGCUGGUGAUCCGGCUGAUGGGGGUCACUGCUGCGGCUCUGGUCAUCACCUGGGCGAUGCAUUUCCGGGGAGGAAUGGCCCUCAUCUCCGACAACAAGGAUCUCAUCUUCAAUGUCCAUCCUGUACUUAUGGUGAUUGGACUCAUCCUUUUGAAUGGUGAAGCUUUAUUAGCAUACAAGACAAUCACAGGAACGAAGAAUUUCAAAAAGAUGGUGCAUCUUACAAUACAGUUCCUUGCCUUAUGUUUGGCUUUAAUUGGCGUAUGGGCAGCUUUAAAAUUCCAUAAUGACAAGGGAAUUGACAACUUUUAUAGCCUGCACUCUUGGUUGGGCCUCGCAUGUCUGUUACUAUUUGGCAUUCAGUGGGGAUCUGGAUUUGUGACAUUCUGGUAUCCUGGUGGCUCAAGACAUGGCAGAGCUUUUUUACUUCCUUGGCAUGUAUUUUUCGGGGCAUACAUAUAUGCUCUUGCUCUUGCUUCUGCUGCUACUGGCCUCCUAGAGAAGGCUACAUUUCUUCAGAGCAGCAGCGUGAUAUCACGCUACUCAAAUGAGGCAUUUUUAAUCAACUCCUUAGGAAUAUUGCUUGUACUUCUUGGUGGAUUUGUGAUUCUUGCGGUCAUUACUCCUGGAGCUGUCAAAGGUGAUGCAUAUAGAGGUAUGUCAGAGUAGGCAAGAUACAGUGCUCCAUUCAAUUGGCCCAUGAUUUGUUUUCUGGGAGUUAUAUUUGCGCACUAUGAUACAAACUUGUUCCUGUAAGGGCGAUAGCUGCAUAUAUAUUUUUCCAUGUAUGAAUUUAUAUGUAUAUAUAUGUCUUUUUGUUCCUUUGGGCCUAACAAAUACUUCAAUGUUUACACAAUUAGAUGAAUUAUCUGCGGGAAACUCGUCUUAGCUUCACCU